AUUUGUAAAUUUAUUAUAUUUUUUCAGUUUCAAAAUGAACGAGCCCACGUACAACUACAAUGACUUUUUGAUGCCUGCAUUGGCAGAUGGACAACCUGAUAUUUCAAUUGAAAUAAGUGAAAUUACGAAGAAACAGUGGAAUCAACUUAUUGGAAUUCAUGAAGUUGUAGUCUACAAAGACUGCAGAAAACUCUUCCCAGCUGCCAAAUUCUCAGUACGUGGUCUCGAUCCGGCUCUCCUCUACUCGGUGGAGAUUUGCUUUGAUGUUCUCAGCCCGUUCACGUUCUCGUAUAAUAAGAAACUCGAAAAGUGGAUUCCAACGAAAACACCCGUCAAUUGUCAAUCUUCGGCGCUGUCUUCAAUGAUUUGUGAAACAGGAGAUUGGUUUAUGAAUGGAGAUAUGGAUUUUGGUGCAUUGAAUAUUACAAGCUCCCACGAAAAAGCCAAGGAGAAAAUCGAACAAAACAGGAUUGCUGUGUGUCUCUCCUCGAGAACAAUGUAUCAAAUCCGAGUUGUGUUGUAUGAGAUGCAAAACGACGAACUGAUAUACCUGAAGGAAACGAAAUUCGACGAAAUGAUAUUCAUCACUUGCACUGAAUAUCGUGGACAAGUCAAUCGUGAAUUGAAGAAGAGUAUGAAUCGUUUCUCAAGAAAAAGAAAGUAUGAAAUCAGUGGAACAAAGUGCCAGCGUUCGAAACGUCCAGCAAAACUUCCUGUCGAAUCUCUAGAUGAGAAGGAACUAAAAAAUGCUGAAAAGGGAAUCAUGAGUUUGCUUGAAUCAUCACCUUCGUCACCAUCGUACCUUUAUCAAUAUCAAUACAAUUCUCCACAAUCAAUACCAUCUUCUAUUUAUGACUCUCUCUACCCAUCGUCUCCAGAAGAAUAUCAGAUGGUUCAUACUUUUCCACAAACAGACCAAUUAUCUCCUAGUUUUCAAACUUCGCCCACAGUCCAUUAUGAUUUUUAUAAUCAGCAAUAUUAUGACAAUUCAUUUCAUGAAAACUAUUUCCAGUCAUACAAUCGGUUAUAACUUUCGAUUUAUGCUUAUGUCUAGAUUUAUCCGGUUUCAAAUUACUAACCUGUUUUUCUUUUUUAUCACAACUAACAAGCUCACGUUUUAUCAUUCUUGAAAUUUUUUCAAUAAAUAAUGAAAAUAAAAUCA